AUGAGGACAUCAGCAUUCUCCUUCAUUGGAGUUCGCAAACAUUUUUGGAAGGAAGUUAUUUAUAAUAUCUAAUUAAACUAAGAAUCUAUAGAGAUGACUGAAAUUGUAAGAAUAAUUUUAUAUUUAGAAAUCUAAAUCACCAAAGUACAUUCUGCCAUUAAAAUUGUCAACUGUUAUUGAAAUUACUGGAUAAGUAAGUAAAAAUAAUAGGAAUUUCAGUGGAUUCUUGUUUAAAUACAAAGACUCAACUAAAUUAAUGAAUUGUAGAUCUUAGGAUAUAGCUAUGUAAGUAUACUUAUUUUAAUUAGUUUUAUGGAUAUGGUAAGUAACUAAAUAACUUUUCUAAAUAUCACUAUGUUCUAUUAGGCAAUCGAAAUAAUAGGAAGAGGCAGUUCAUCAAGUGUUUCUGUUUUGAUCGAUAUAUAUUCAUAAGAACAAUUUGCUGUCAAAAGUAUAGAUAAAGAAUACCUGUAGAAGAAUGAUAAGUUAUAGGUAAUUAUAUAUAUUAUAUAUAUAGAUAUUAUUUGAAAAUGAAGUGAAGAUCUUAUAAGAAUUGACCAAAUAUAAUCAUCAAAAUUAUUUUGUGCAUUUAUACAGAGUAUUUGAGAGCAAAACAUCUUACUAUUUAAUCUUGAAUCUUAUGAAAGGUAAAUCACUUACUGCCUACUACAAUAAAAUCAAAGUAAGCGAUUAUGUUAAUUUAUUUGAAAUUAGAAAUAAUCAGAUACCAAGUUAUUCUCUCCAGAUAUUACUAAAUCAAUUAUGAAGAGACUCCUUUCUGGUGUUUCACUUUUGCAUUGUCAUAGAGUAUAAAAUUAAUCUAAUUUAGAUAAUCCAUAGGGAUCUUAAGCCUGACAAUUUAUUACUUCUAGAACCAAAUAAUGUUGACACUUUAGCCAUUGCUGAUUUUGGAUUAGCAACUUAUAGUAAUGUAGAAAAGUUGUAAUUUUUACUAUCCAAUAGGUAUUCAUAUCCAAUAUGUGGAACUAAAGGAUAUAUGGCACCAGAAAUUACUCAUUAUAAAGAUGGAUAAAUUAAAUAUGAUGAAUAAAUUGACAUCUACAGUAUUGGUGUCAUUUUUGUUUGGCUGUAUUUUUAUUAUAAUCCUAGACUCACUGGAGAUAUAGAUAAACAUAAUCCUAAAUUAUAAAAGUUGGAUUCCAUUACUUAAAAUUUAUUAAAUAACCUUUUAAGAACAAAUCCAAAAGAAAGAUUGUCAGCAUAAGCAACACUUGAUCAUCCAUAUUUCUAAACUGAUGAAACAACUAAGAAGACUUUUCAAUCCUAAUAUGGAUUUGUAACUCCAAUUUUUAUAUUCUAGGAAAAUGUAGAUUGUGACUCUAUUGUACAACAUGAGGAUUUGAAAAAUUAUUCAUUGCCUUUAAUGAAGAAACCUUAAAGAUAAAUUUGA